UGUUACUUCCCCUUAUUGUGCAACACUGCACUUCUCCUGUGAAACUGGGAAAUCAAAUCAGAGCUCUUCAUUCAGGCGGGAGAAAAAACAUUCAAUGUAACAUUCAUCUUCAAAGCCACCCAUCUGUAUUUCCAACAGCUUUCUUGGAAGAAAAGAUGGCUGCACAUAUGGUUGUUCUCCAGCUUACUAUUAUGUUGUUGCUGGUGGCUUCCUCUGAGUCAGGUACAUGUAAUGGAAAACCAGGUAUUCCAGGAAUUCCUGGUACCGAUGGGAAGGAUGGUGCAAAAGGAGAAAAAGGAGAUCCAGGUGAGAAUGCGGUGCCAAUAAUUGGGCCAAAAGGAGACCCUGGAAUUUCUGGAUUCCCAGGCAGGCCUGGUGAGAAGGGAGACAAGGGACUAGAAGGUCCACCAGGCCCAGAGGGACCGAAAGGAGAGAAGGGAGAUUUUACAGGGGUAGAUACUCCAGACCAGUAUUUUGUUUUGUCUUACAAAAAAAGUCCAAAGUCACAGAGAAUUACUCAAGACAAAUCUGUUGCCUUUGAAGUCCCACUGAUCUCCACCCCAGAUUCAGUCUUUGAUUCUGCUGGUUACUUUACGGUGCAAAAAUCUGGCAUGUAUUACAUCAGCUACCACAUUUCAUCCAAUAAUAUUGCCUGCCUAAAGAUUCAAGUAGGGGAGGAAGAAAAGGUCAGGUUCUGCGAUUCACCUGGUAUGAUAAUGGUAACUGCUGGAUCUGUGGUACUGCCACUGAAAACUUAUGAUAAAGUGUCUAUACAGUCAACUGCAGUAAGCUCUAUCUUCAGUAGAGACACUGACUGCACCUUUACAGCUUUCUUGCUCUUCCCACAAUGAAUGCUUAAUAUGAUUUUGAUCAGCCACACUCUUGUAUUUACUCUUCCUUAAAUUGGAACCAUUGCUUGGGAACAUCCAGUGUUAUUGAUUAAAAUUAUACGCUAUCAUA